UUCAAAAUAAAAUCGAUUAGUAUUUUAAGAACUCAGUAGAGCUCUACACCUCGAGAGCCAAAUUUUACUCUCUGAACGAUCAUGUGAAAUUCACAUCUUCAUUCCCAACCCACCCAAAAAAUAGCUUUAAAUAGGAAUUUUGAAAUUUCCUUCUAUCCUCUACUGGCAGCAAUGAACCUGGGAUUUGUAAAACUGUAUAAGGUGCAUUUUGUGAGAAUGUGUUUUCCAUCAAAUGCAAACCUACCUUGAUCACAGGUGAUCAGAGUUAGCAUUUACUUUCUUUUCUUGAUGUUACCAUGAAAUUAAAGUUGAAUGAACCAAGGAAGUCCAAAUGCCAGUGCAGUGCUUAGUUUGCUAGCUUAAGUGAAAUGAACACAUUAGGUCACUUGCGUCUAGGUACCAGGUCCCCCUGCCCUGUGCAUGGCAGGCUGGCAUCAGCCCCAGGAGAGUGGAGCAGGUCUGCAAGUCCCUGCAUCGCAGCGGCGCGUCCGUGGCGAGAAUUGAGAGGAGGAAACGGCAAGGAUAGGCCCAGGAAAACGAAGAAAUGGAGCAGCCCAUGCAGAAGGGAGAGGAAGACCGCCUUUUGGGAGGGGGCGAAGGCCACCAGCCAGCAGGAAAUAAUAGGAGGGCACGGGCUCGCCGACUUGCCCCUGAUUUCUGGUGGGCCAUACCCAACAGGCAGGUCAAUGACAGGAUGUGUGGAGAUGGAGAUGAUAUGGAAAUGUUCAUGGAGGAGAUGAGAGAAAUCAGGAGAAAACUUAGGGAGCUGCAGUUACGGAAUUGCCUGUGUAUCCUUCUGGGGGAGCUCACAAAUAACCAUGACCAUCAUGAUGAAUUUUACCUAUGCCUUGACUCCUGCCAGUUUUCAUAAAAUUAAUACUGUGAGUCCCACUGUUCUGUUCUUUUUCCUUGCAUUUUCCUGAUAAGCCUUUACUGAUUCGUUUGCUGUAAACCUUAGGUAAUUUUAAUUUCCAUGUGUCGGUGGGUCCUGUGUUAGCAGCUUCUAACUGGAGAUUGCCUUUGCACCAGUCUUUUUUUCUGUCAACAAUUUGCAUGAAAACAUGUAAAGUUAAUAAAGCAGUUAAGAAGAAAAAAAAAAAAGCACAUUAUGUGUAUAAGACUGUUAACUCUGUUUGUGAUUACAAAGGAUGCUUUAGUUCAAAUGCCCAUGGACUAGUAUUUAAAACCAAAGUGGGGACUCUAGUAAUAAAAAGUGUAUCACUCUGAGAGGGUGCAAAUAUAUGUUAUUAAUCCCUCCAUGCUUAUUACUUAAGUA